GCCCACCAGUGGGAGCAUUCGUGAUUCUUGACUGUUGGAUCGUACUUCAUACCGGCACGGCGGCGGAUCGAUCUUCCACUGCACCCCGAGGAUGUCUCCGCAGGGCGUCGCACGGGCCCUUGUUGGCGGCCUGCUGCUUUUCUCUGGCGACUGUCACGUCGAGGAUGAGGUCUCGCUGCUGCAGUCCUCCGUGCAGACAGAGCCUACUACUACGACGCCGUCGUCUUUCUACGCCCCCUUCACGGUUAACAACUCCAGUGCCAACGCUGCGGGCCUCGUGGAGUGGAAGAUGAACGACGAUGGCGUCGGGAUCAACUUCUGGAAGAAGGCAGGCUGGUCUCCAUUUGGCUCGAAGGCGCGGACGGAGGCGGAGGUCAAGCUCGACGCCUCCGCGAUAGUGCGGUCGCUAUCCUGGGAUUUCAACGCCUCCAGGACGAGUCAGCCGAAGACGCAGCCGGAGCUCGCCCUGACCAUACAGGGCAGGGCCAGGCUCGGGAACAGGCUCUUCCAGUGGGCCGCCUUGGUUUCCAUCGCCAAAGAGGCUGGCGCUAAGGUCGCCUCGCCUUACAAUCCUAAGUUCAACCCAGAGUCGACGCCGCAGCUGUCGAAGAUGAACCCAUUGAUCUGGCAUGACAAGGAGUUCGAGUGGCUCGGCAAGCAAAAGAACAAGUGCCACAUCUGGGACCGGAUCCCCGUCAAGCUCGACUGGAACAUGGAGAACCUGUCCAACUUCACCCUGGGAGGAAUCCCCAAGGGCGAGCUGCAGGUUCAGGCCGACGGUCCCCCGCCCGAGCGCACGCAGAACUGGGCGAAGACUUGGGCCGACGCGAUCACCAAGACUGUGACCCCGACAAAGUGCAAGAUCGUCGAGCUCGACGGCUACUGGCAGAGCGCGGAGUACUUCGUCCAUCACUUGGACAUGAUCCGGAGCCUCCUCUGGCACGAGGAGUCGGCGGCCCAAGCUAAGGAGAUCAUGGACGGGUGGUUCAAGCACGACCCGCCGGUGGGCAGCGUGGUGGGCGUCCACCUCCGCCUCGGCGACUACGUCGGCGCUGGCAGGAACCUCAACAUGUCUUACUACAGGGAGGGUCUCAAGAUGGUUCAGCGGAGCAAAAACACGCAACAGUUGACGUGCAUGAUCUUUUCGGACGAUAUUAAGCUUGCUGAGCAGGUGGGCAACGAGUGGGAGGCUUGCACCAAGGUCGUCCCUGUGCUGAAGUGCCCAGAGCCAUGGGUCGAUAAAUUUCGAUGCAAGGGUAAGGAGAUCAGCGACUGGGUGCAGUUCUACAUGAUGAGCCAGCUGGACAACCUCAUUAUUGCGGACUCCUCCUACUCCUUCUGGUCGGCGGUCAUUGCACCCAACAAGCCGCUGGUGGUGGUGCCAAGAAUCACUUGGCCUCUCGGCGUGGCCAGCCGUGGAGACUACGCGUACCUGAACAACCCCUUGUACGGUUGGGUAAACAUCGACGCCACUCUGGGAGCGCCCGACAGCAAGGCGGUCCGGGAGCACCUGCACCUCGCGGCGGACCGCAGCAAGGCACGGGCCAGUGAGUGGGCUGCGUGAGCCGUCGGCGGCGUGCGGUCCGCGCGCUCGAGGGGUCCUUGCCUUCCCGUCGUCGCGCCGAGCUUGUCUGGCCAGGCUUGUCUGGCCGGGCUUGCAGCCUGGAGAGUUCUCACGUCCAGUGGAGGAGGAGGAACUCGGACCCUCUCGCCGGGAACUGCGGUUGCGCGGGCGGCGUCGCACUGCGCGUUGGCACCGUGACGCGGGCGGCCUGUGCCAUUUUGCGCCGCAGGACUCCGGCUGGCUCGCCUCCUCUAUUCGCGGCGUCGUCGGUGUCGUCGUCGUCUUCUUCCUCGACCUCCAACUUCUCCCUCUCCCCUCCCUCCUCUUCUCCUGGCUCCUUCUCUUCCGUCUUGCU